UUCUUGAAAAAAAAAAAAAAGAACAAAAAAAAAGAGAAAACCACAUUGUUAUCUCUCUCAUCUUCUUCCAAAAGUCUGUUUUGACCUCCGGCGCCACCUUCAAUCUUUACCCCGUUCAUCCUUUCUGCUCCAAGCUUUCCUUUCUUAAAUCUCAUUAUUAUUGGUUUCGGAAUUUCUCUGAAAUUGAAGAAAAGUUUGGAGCUUUAUACACAUUUGGGGAAAUGGGUAACUGCUUUACAAGAAAAAAAUCUAGUAGCACCAAUAGCAAUAACUCCUCCUCCGCCACCAAUGCCGCCUCGAACAACCGCAAGACGACCACGAAGCCGCCGUCUACCAACACUGUCACAUCGAGGAAACAAGAUGUGUCGAAUUAUCUUACACAAAAGGCCAAAGAAGCAGCGUCCAACAAAGCCAGGAAUUCGAAUGCGAAGAUCAGUUCCAAGAAGCAUAGUGGGGUUAUUCCUUGUGGGAAAAGAACAGAUUUUGGGUAUGAUAAGAAUUUUGAAAAGAUGUAUAUUAUUGGCAAGUUGUUGGGACAUGGUCAAUUCGGGUACACCUAUGCUGCCACAGAUAAGUCCACCGGAGAUCGCGUUGCUGUUAAGAAAAUUGAGAAGAAUAAGAUGAUCCUUCCUAUUGCGGUUGAAGAUGUCAGGCGAGAAGUUAAGAUAUUAAGUGCCUUAACUGGUCACGAGAACGUGGUUCAGUUUCAUAAUGCAUUUGAGGACGAGAAUUCCGUGUAUAUUGUUAUGGAGUUAUGUGAAGGUGGAGAACUACUGGACCGUAUCUUGGCAAAGAAAGAUAGCCGUUAUUCUGAAAAAGAUGCUGCAAUUGUUGUAAGACAGAUGCUAAAAGUUGCAGCAGAGUGUCAUUUACACGGUAUGGUACAUCGAGAUAUGAAACCAGAGAAUUUUCUUUUCAAAUCACAAGAGGAUUCUUCAUUGAAGGCAACUGAUUUUGGUCUUUCAGACUUCAUAAGACCAGGAAAGAAGUUUCAAGAUAUUGUCGGGAGUGCAUAUUAUGUUGCUCCAGAGGUCUUGAAGCGUAAAUCAGGCCCCGAGUCAGAUGUAUGGAGCAUUGGUGUAAUAACCUAUAUUUUGCUUUCUGGUCGGCGACCCUUUUGGGAUAAAACAGAAGAUGGCAUAUUCAAGGAGGUUCUAAGAAACAAACCUGAUUUUCGUCGCAAGCCAUGGCCAAGCAUAAGUAACAGUGCUAAAGAUUUCGUUAAGAAAUUACUGGUGAAGGAUCCUUACGCUAGACUUACUGCUGCUCAGGCCCUUUCACAUCAGUGGGUGCGAGAGGGAGGCAUUGCAUCAGACAUCCCUCUUGACAUUUCUGUUCUGUCCAACAUGCGGCAAUUUGUUAAAUACAGUCGUCUAAAACAGAUUGCUUUAAGGGCAUUAGCUACCACACUUGAUCCAGAAGAGUUGGCUGAUCUCAGAGAUCAAUUUGAGGCUAUUGAUGUGGAUAAGAAUGGCGUCAUUACACUGGAAGAAAUGAGACUGGCACUUGCUAAGGAUAUUCCAUGGAGAAUGAAAGAAUCGCGUGUUCUUGAGAUUCUUCAAGCGAUUGACAGCAACACCGAUGGACUCGUGGAUUUUGAAGAGUUUGUUGCUGCCACUUUGCACGUCAAUCAGAUGGAGGAACAUAAUACAGAAAAAUGGCACCAAAGAUCACAGACUGCUUUCGAGAAAUUUGAUGUUGACAGAGAUGGAUAUAUCACUCUAGAUGAACUUAAAAUGCACACGGGCUUACGAGGCUCCAUAAACCCCCUUCUGGACGAAGCAGACAUGGAUCGAGAUGGGAAGAUAAGCUUGACAGAAUUCCGCAAGCUCUUAAGAACUGCAAGCCUGAGCUCUUCCCCAUCUGUAAGACAGAGACAUUAGAAGUGCAUGUUAAAGUUCCCAGCAAAUAUUUUUCGUCGCGGAAAGAUCAUCAUCGUACAAUGGUUGUUAACUGCUUCAGUUGUCUCUGUUGCCAUGCAUUGCUGCCUCCAACAGAUAGCCGCUUAGCCAUAACUGCCUCCAUUCAUAUCCUGCUCAAUUUGCCCCUAUAUGGAACCACUGAGGGUGCAGUUGCCUGCCUUAUCCAAAUCAACCACCAACAGCAUUUGUAUAUUUCGCGGAGCUCCUUGUACAUUAACUGUUUUUUUAUGUGCCGGUAAAUCUAAUCCAUUGCAACGAAACCAAUAUUGGUGUUUGUGAACCUUGGUGGACUUGUUGGGAAAAGUUAUGGUAAAAUGAGAACUAUAAAAGUUGACCAAUAUUUACACGUCAAUUGUUUACAA